GAAAAAAAUAAUAAAAAAAAAUUAUAUUUUUGAAAUCGAAUAUGAUAUUCAAAUAUAUUGGAUUAGUUUAUGUUGUACUUGUACGGUAAAGAAAGGUCACGGUGAGUGUCAUGCGGUGCGUAGCGAUUUGUUCGAGUAAAUAAAACAUGAGUCGACUCUCCUCACGGCAACAGUGGCGGCUAAGGAGAGGUCCUGAUCGUGCUUACGAGCUCUAAAGUGCUAGUGUUGUGGUAUUACAUGUGCCGUGUUAACAAGGAUUAUUAUUAAAUUAUCAAAAUAUGAGGUAUCCAAAUGCAGCACUACCAACGAUAUGGCUACUGCUAACUAUCGUUUUACCAACAAGAACACAGAACGCAAAUCCAGUUUCUUCAUUCAUGCAAUUUCUAAGAGAAGGCACAAACCAUCUUGACAGUGAACCACCCGACCAAAAUAAUAUGCUAACAGAAUAUGACUUCAUAGUCGUUGGAGCAGGAACCGCGGGCUGUGUACUAGCCAAUAGACUCACAGAAAUACCCGACUGGAAAGUGUUACUAGUCGAAGCUGGUAACAAUGAAAACUUCGUUAUGGAUAUACCAAUUUUAGCAAACUAUCUACAAUUCACCACUGCGAAUUGGGGUUAUAAAACGAAACCGUCGAGCAAAUAUUGUGCCGGAUUUGAGAAUCAGCAAUGCAACUGGCCACGUGGUAAAGUAGUCGGUGGAUCGAGUGUACUCAAUUACAUGAUAUACACGAGAGGAGCCUCCAACGAUUACAAUAAAUGGGAACAAAUGGGUAACAGAGGUUGGGGAUGGGACGACGUUCUACCAUAUUUAAAAAAAGUAGAAAACUUUAAUAUACCAUCACUAGAUGAUCCUAAUUACCAUGGACACGAUGGAUUUCUUAAUGUUGAAUACUCUCCAUAUCGUACAACUAAAUCAAAAGCAUGGGUGAAAGGAGCACAAGAAAUGGGCUUCAAAUACGGGGACUACAAUGGCGCCAACCCAUCAGGAGUGUCAUUCUUACAACUGUCUAUGAAAAACGGCACACGACAUAGUUCAAGUAGAGCAUACUUACAUCCUAUUAAUAAAAGAAACAACCUUCACGUGUCUAAAAAUAGUAUGGUGACGAAACUCAUUUUCGACAAAACAAAAAGUAAAGUAAUCGGCAUCGAAAUGGAAAAACGUAACAGAAAAUACAAAAUUUUAGCAAAGAAAGAGGUUAUCUUGUCUGCUGGGGCCAUCAAUUCGCCACAGCUGUUAAUGUUGUCAGGAAUUGGCCCUAAGAAACAUUUAGAAGCUAUGAAUAUUCCCGUUGUAAAAGAUUUACCAGUUGGAUAUAAUUUGAUGGAUCAUAUAGCUGCUGGCGGAGUCCAGUUUAUGGUUAAUAAACAAAAUUUCAGUCUAAACACGGAGUACAUCUUGAAUCAUUUAGAUUUAGUAUUUAAAUGGAUGAGGACGCAUACAGGACCACUAUCGAUUCCUGGCGGCUGUGAAGCACUUGUAUUCAUGGAUUUAAAAGACAAAUUCAAUUCCACCAGCUGGCCUGACAUGGAACUUCUCUUCAUUAGCGGCGGAUUAAACGCAGAUCCGUUGUUAAGAAAGAACUUCGGCUUCGAUGAGGAGAUCUACAUGGAUACGUACGCAGCUUUAGAAAAACACGAUGUAUUUAUGGUUUUCCCGAUGUUAAUGCGACCUAAAUCGAAGGGCAGAGUUAUGUUAUCGAGCAGAAACCCUAAAGCUCAUCCGACUUUGAUACCGAAUUACUUUGAGUAUCCAGAAGAUCUGCAGAAGAUAGUCGAAGGUAUUAAAGUUGCGAUACAAAUAUCAAGACAGCCGUCGAUGAAGAAAUUGGGUACAAAAUUGUACGACGUGCCGAUAGAAGACUGUUUGAAGUAUGGUCCGUUCGGGAGUGACGCGUACUUCGCUUGUCAGGCGCAGAUGUUUACGUUCACAAUAUACCAUCAAAGUGGUACAUGUAAAAUGGGGCUGGCCAGCGAUCCCACAGCUGUUGUUGAUUCAAGACUGAGAGUGCAUGGUAUUGCAAAAUUAAGGGUAAUUGAUGCCAGUAUCAUGCCAGACAUAGUUUCGAGUCAUACAAACGCUCCAGUUUACAUGAUAGCUGAAAAGGGUGCGGAUAUGAUAAAAGAAGAUUGGAAAAGGAUACGAUGAUGAAAAUUAGGUUAUGUAGAAUAAAAAGAAAAAUCUGUGAUUUAAGUUAUUGAUGGGUAACUGUAUAGUAUUGACGUUUCUAAUUUAAUAUAUGAUAAAAACAAUUAUUCAUUCAAGUGAAUAAAAUUUAUAAAUAAUUUAUUCUCAAAUAGCAUGGAAAAUGUAUUUGUAAUAUUACAAGCUGCAUUAUAAUGUAUUAGUUAAGCCAAUGGGAAUUUAGUGUAAGGCAGAAUUAGGGUUACUUGUACAUGACAAUUAAUAAUUUAAAUAGGUCCUCGGAGAAUGUAAUGGGGCAUAAUGUUUUUUUAUAGUUUUAGGAAUAUGUUAACCUUUACCAAAGUUUUGUAGAUUAAAAAUCUUGUAAACAUUAAAA